ACCGAACUUUUGCGUCCGGUGGCAGUGGCGGCGGCACUUCCGACUCGAAGGGCAGCACGAUAUGGACUUCCGAGUGUGCUCGCGGUUCGUACUCGGGUGAAAAAAUGGAAAUGGAAAAUCUCGAAAUGGAAAAGAAAAAAAAUAUUCGCUGUUUUCCGAGGUAUUUAUCUAUAUAUUAUACUAUACGUACAUUAUAUCUUUGGUCCCGAAGAAGGACUCAAGUUGAUAUUGGACAGUGGCGUGCGCAGGGGACGAGAGAUGGAGGGUUAUAUUACCCUCCUAGCUUACAAUGAAUAUAAAAAUUUUUUUAGUAUUUAAAUCUCACGAAGUGUAUAUAUUUCAGCUUAGUUACACGGAAAAUCUUGAUUUAUUGAAUAUAAUUUGGCUUUUUUGGAUCCGGCUUUUGUUAUCGGGUUAAGAAUACGUUUCUACAAUUUAUUUGUGAUCGUUAUUAUUUACUAAUAUUUUCCCCUCCCAAACAAAAUUCUUGGGCAUGCCUUUGAUAUUCUAUAGUUUACAAUACAACAAUUAUUACAUUCUAAAAAGACAUAUAGGUACUUAUAAUUUAGGCAGAAAAAUAAAGAGGAAAGAAAACCAAUAUAAUUCGCACGAUGAGUGGCCCACUAUUGUAGAUGAGAAGUUGGAAAGAUAAGAUAUAGAGGGAAUUUAAUGUAUAUUUGUACGAAACGAUUAAUCGUUGCUAACUAAAAAUGAUUCUGAAUUGAGUUCUGUUAUAAAAGUACAUGUUUUGAAAGACCGUAAUAUUUACUAUUUUCGUCAAAAAUUAAGAUAUUAAAAUUCUUAUAAAAAAAAAUUCUACAUAACGCUCAAUACACUCAAUUUUUUUUUUACUUCAAAGUGCGACUUAUAAUAAUUCUCUUGUUAAAUCCCCGAGCAUUUCUGUUUGGUCUAACAACACAGUGUCUACCGAAUAAAAAUUAGACAAAAAAUUCGCAAAAUUAAGAUGUCUAAAAAUUGCUCAAAAUUGACACAACUGUUAUAAAAAUUUUACUAUGUCUAGAAAAAGCAAAUAUAAAUGUUCUGUCUCGAAUUUUAAGUCUCUAGGAAUAUGUUUAAUUGAAUUACAACACAUAAACAAAAUUGCAAAAUAAUAAACGUAUUAUUUUCGUAAAUUUCCUUUGUUUUUUCAGUUAUUGUGAAAACCGCUUAGAAAAUCGAAAAAUGACCUCCUUUAAGUCUUAACUAAAUAAAAUUUCUUUUCAGAAAAUGUACUGCACUUGAAAAUCGGAGCUUGAUUUCUAGUAGACACUUUGUACACAGUAAAAAAAAAAAAUAAUAAAAAUAAACCUCAUUGUAAAACUAAUACACUCCUAAAUACAUUUCUAAAAUACUAACAAUUGACAAGUCCUUCUUGCCUAUAGUCAAAUAAUUUUAUCCCAUGCGUGCACCAUCAAAGUGUAAUUGAAUAUUUAUACGGUUCAUUCCGUAAAAAGACGGACAUACUUCGCACGUGGGUGGGCCACUUUGGUAAAAAGAUUAUUGAUCCCAAAGUGAGUAGAGAUACGCCUAAUGGGUACACUUAUUAUGUUGACAAAUAUUAAUUUUUUCAACCGUCCUAAAUACUAAUGAUAAUAAUAUAUAAAUACUGAUAGCCUGUUGUGUGCAAUACAGACAAACCGUUUUAUAGGAGUCGUGUAUAGGCAACUACUUGUUUUGAUCCGUGAAGUUGUCGAAAAACCGAUUCUAUUAUAAAUAACACGCAUCUGAAGACACCUACAUCCCACAUUAAUAAGUUAUUAAUGUAAUAACCAUUUACAUUUUACACAUAUAGGGGUAGAUAGGCCCACUAGGAUUUUCCCAAUGGGUUGCUACUUAUAUUGACGUGAAUGGGCCGAUGAAAAUUACUGCUAUAACCUAUUUUUAUAAUAAAAAUGAUAUAUACGGACUCUAUUUACAAUUAUUAUUUUAUCAACCUGUUUAUUUAUAAUAUUAAUAAUUAUUAAAUUGUAAUAAAUCAGCCUAAACAUUUUAUUUUCUAAUUAUAAUUGAUAGUAAAUAAGGUUCAAAAAAUUCUAUGUUAUUAAAAAGUCGUGCUUUAAAUUUAUAGUUAUUUUUUAAUUUAUUCAGUAUUUUCGGGUUAUUACAGUGGUUAUUCAGUCUUAUUGGUAAUAGUAAACAUUGAGUUCUAAUAUCCAAUACUAACGGGAUAUAAACAAUUAGGCCGAACAAAAUUGCUGAAAACGUGCAAAUUGUCGAUUUUGUCCAUUUCUCUAGCACCAUCUCUAAUUAUAAUAGCCUUUUGUGUAGAUACAGACCGUUUCAUAGGAGUCAUGUAUAGGCAAUUUCUUAUUUUAAUUCGUGAAGUUAUCGAAAAACUGAUUUUAUUAUAAAUAACGCGCAUCUAGAGUAAGACGCACUCACAUUAAUAAGUUAUUUAUGUAAUAACUAAUAACCCUCUACUAAAAAAUAUCAUAUUGGUUUCUAUUCUAUCAAUUAAAUAACGACGGCUAACCGUGUUCGCAACGUACUUACCUAAAUGUUGGUGUUUCAUUAAUCGAAAUAUACAAAACAAAAUAUCAUAAUUAACAAUAGUAAUAUUAUGUGAAUUGAAGAUAAGAGUAUUUUUUAACAAAUUCAAAAUAUGAUUAACUAUUAUUAUUGAUUUUUGGUAAAUAAAUCUAUAAAACAAUACAUUAAUAGUUUACCUAUAAUUAAAAAAAAGGUGUUAUAAAAAAACACAUAGUUGUUCAAUAUUGAGAUUUUUAGAUUCCGAGUGCGGCGAGGAGUGUUUUCUUCGUUGGAAAAAUUGAAUUGCAGUAUUAACCGAUACAUAAAAAAAAUUAAAAAUAAAGAAACCACCAUUACUAUAAAUUUCCCAUGUUUCUUUUAUGUUUUUCCAAAUUAUUAAGACAAUCAAGAGGAAAACAUCAAAAAAUGACCACUCCGAUAAACCAAAAAAAAAAAAAAAAACUGUUUUCUUUCACAAAUGAUUCAACACUUGAUAAUAUCGGUUUUACAAAUUUGCUAUUAAUUUAUCCUAUACCUAUUCAUGUGCCUAAUCAUAAAUAUAACAUUUUAAAUGGGUGCAUUUUUAACCAUAAUUCAAUAACAUUUAUUUUACAAAUUAUUACGAAUAACUAUGGAAAACAUUAAAAAGAAAAAUAUUGCUAAUUCAAUUAUUCAAAUUCAAUUAGUUUAUACGAUAUAAUUUAAAUGCUGGUUCACCCCUACACAUUUUAUAAUCUAAAAACUCCAACUUUUAUCUAUAAGUAUAAUAUCGUACAAUUGAAAAAUAAUUAUAUUUUAUUGUUUUGCCAUGAACGUAAACAGGAUGCUCAGGGGUGCUAGAUCACGGUCGUAGUGGCGCCGAACUGUAACUCUUUUUAGAUGUGGCAAUGAACAUUAAUUUAUACCCACUUACCUCUACACGGUAUUACAUCUAAAUUGCGCGAAGCCCCCCCCACAACACUUAUCAGUUUCUUAAACUACAAAAUAUUAUUUUCAAAAAGUUAUAAUAUUUACUAAAUAAUGUUUACAUUUUGGCAUUAUUUAAUAUUUUAAUAGAUAAAUAAAUUCUAUAAAUACUAGUAGGUAUUUUAAUUUUUAGUUAGCAUAGACAUUAUUUAUAUAUGAUCAUCAGAAACUGAAAUUAACAUUUGACAAAGACACUGAUUUAGUUAUUUAUAUUUUCAUCUACGUCGUAUCAUAUUUUGUCGCAUUUUCAAUCUAGUUUGUUAGUUAUUCGUUUUUUGAUUUUCUAAGUAAUUUUUUUAAUACUUGAGCAAUACUACUGCCCUCCCCCCCCAAAAAAGGAAGGAAUAACGGGAGAAAUUACUAAAUUAAUUAACUAAAAUUUUAUUAGUUUUAAUUUUCUUUUCUUGUUGAAAUUCAGUUAAAAAUAUUCGUUGAGACUUGAAAUUUUAACAGAAAACUUAUAUUUGCUUUUUCCAGUCGUACUAAUUUUUCAAAAUAUUUGAGCCAUUUUUGAACUAUUUAUAGAAAUUUUAAUUUUACGAGGUUUGUACAAAAUGUUUUUUUGAUAGGUAGGUACUCUGUAGAUAAAUUGGUCAAACUAAACAGAAAUGCUUGACAAUUUGAAAGGAGGUUCAACUUAUAAUGAAUUCAUCGAAGUACUUAUAAUGCUAAAAAAAAAAAUCGUAAAUAAUACCAUCUUUCAAAAUAUAUACAACCGAACUUCACUCCGAAUCAUUUUUCGUAAGUUCAUGUUCAUCGUUUGUUACAGGUUUAAGUUAAAUAAUUUUAUGUAUCUCGCCGUCCCAACUUUAACAUCUAGUGGCAGCACACGAACCCAACAUCAGCUCUUUUAUUUUCUAAAUGUAUACAAAAUUAUAUUCUUGUACUAUAUAAAAAUAAUAUAAUCUUGGAGAUAAUCAAAAAUAGUUUAAUAAUAAGAACACUGUCGUGUAUAUGUUUUCGCUCUGUAAUCUGUAUAGCCUACGUACAACACUGCAUGAACUAGCUGCAGCCGCCAAACCUAGUAUAUUGGUCUAAUAUAAAAAAUCACAUAAAAUGGGCAUCAUAACAAAAGACAUCAAAAGACAGAUAAAAUAUUAGUUUUUUUUUUUUUUUUUAAUAUUGACCCUAACCUACAAUAGCUUAAUAGGAUAUAAAAUAGUCUAAAAAAAUAUGCAGUAUAAAAUUAAAUAUUGUGUAGCUCGGAAUUCCUCUAUGUUGUUAAAAAAAUAUGUUCUUUUAGAAGAGCACUAAAGUAACAGUGGCCCCAGCUAGGGAGCAAAGCAUUUAAAUACGCCUGACCGGAAUGCAAGUUUUUGAUGAAUUUUGUUCUUUUCGAGUCAAGGAAAAUUCAUAUAUUUGGCUCUAGAGUAAAAAAGUAGUAAUAUGUAUUUUGUUGUAAAUUAAUUUAAAAAAUUGCUCAACCACUGAGAAUCGUUCUUCGUUAGUAAUGAUUUAUUGUAUAAAUAACUUAAUGUAUCCUAGUUUUCCAAAUUCCCACCUAUGACAGGACAGUGAAACAUCAAUUAGCAGUACCAGCUCUUCGGUUUUUAUCGAAAUUCGGUUAAAAAUAAUCGUAAGGAUCUGAAAUUUUCACAAAAUACUGGACAUUCCUAGAUGUGGUGAAAUGUUCAAAUUUGUUUUAGUUAUAUUUUGGUAUUCGUAAUUUUCGAGUUUUUUUUUGUAUUUAUUCGUUUUAUGUGGAUUAACUUUUCUACUAGAAAUCUUGCUCUGAUUUUCAAGUGUAACAUCAAUAAGCAUUAAAUUCCUCUCUUAAUCCUACCUUCUCAACUUCUCACCUUCAAUAGUAGCCCGCCCAUCGUGCGAAUUAUGUCCUACUUAUAUUUUAGAAAUAGUUGCAAAACUUGAUUAAACUUUAGCUGAAAACUAAAGAUUAAAAGGUUUUCAAAGAUAUAAUUGUUGGGCAAAUGUGAAACAAAACAAUACGACUGCUUGAAAUCACGUUUUAUAUGCAAUAGUCGUCAUAAUACCACCACGUCAUGUUCAAACAUCACUAUUUUAUUCAUGGUUUUUUAAAUUUCUUUAAUUCAUUUUUUAAUUUUAGUAAUAAUAAUUUAUUUAAUUAUACUAUUUAAUAUUUUAAUAAAGUUUUACAACUAUUUCUAAACAAUUAUGCUUAUCAUUGUUUCAUUUUGUGGAUAUAGUUCCGUAAUGCUAAAUUUCUGUAUCCAUUUCGUAAAAAGUUAUCCAUAUUAUUUAAUUACGCGAUAUGUAAAAAAUUAAGUUCCGGUUCGUGAAAUGAAUGAAAUUUUCAUUAAUUUUACUAAACGGAUCAGAACGUCAAAUAGAUAUACAUCGUAUUAUAAAUUAUAAAUCUUGAAAAAAUAAUCUUACUUCAAAAAUAUUAUAAUUUUCCCCGCGUUCAGAGUGACAAUAAUAAUCGGCUCAUAACUAGGUCAUUAGAUAUGCAGUGAAACACCUGAAUUUUUUAUAUUCCUCGAGCUAUUCUGAAAAUAAAAAAAAAAAUAAAUAUAUUAUUAUUUCAUAUAGGUAAAGUAAGUAUAGGCUUAGUUAACAUAAUAAAGCCCCCCACAAAAAAUAGAUAAUAAUACAAAUAUAAUAUUUUAACCCAGGUAAUAUAUAGUGAUGGGGUGUCUGCGGUAAAUAACCUACUCAUAUUCACUCUGUGUUUCUACAAACGCAUUCACAUAUAUAUAUAUAUAUAAAAAGACCAAAAUGAUGACGUUGGGUAGUUUACAACCAUCCAUGCGUUGUCGUUUUAUAAUUUAUACAUACAAUAGUAUUUUAGUGACAUAACAUGGUAAACAUUUUCUGAAGAUCACAUAAAAUUGCAGUUGAAGAAUUAAAAAUAUUUAAGUAUUAGUAAUCAUGAUGGUUCAUUCCUAUAAUAUUUGCUUUUUUAUGGCUUCAAAUUACAUCUAGUCAAAUAAUUAUAUGGAAAUUGAUGUCAUGUUGAACUCAUUGUGUUCAAAAAUGAAAUUUGAAACUGUUUUUUGUUUAUUUCUAUAGUUUAUACAAAAAAAUAAUAAUAAUAAUAACAAUAAUUGUCUACUUUGUUUUUACGUAAGUCAAUUACCAAGAUUAACUCCCCCCCCCAAUAAGAUUUUAAAAUAAUUUCGCCUUUAUAUUAUAUUAGAUAGAAAGUUUUAAGUACCUUAUACCUAGGAUCUUUUAUAUAAAAGAAUGAUGUAUUUCAGACGUAUGUGAAUCAUAUAGGAUUACGUGUGUUUAAAUUAAGUUGGGAGGAGUAAAUUGUUUAAUUUGAGUAAAGUGAAGUAUUUUUUUUUAAGUUGAAUUGAAAAUACUUUUAAACUUAUCCAUUAUAUAUUUUUCUAUAGACAUAUAAAAUUGGUAAAUAAAUUGGAAGGAGGCUUAUUUUCUAAGAAGUAGGGGCUUGUUUUUCAUUAGCCUAGGGUUGUCUUUUAUAUAAAUAUGACCCUGAGUCUACCCGUCUUACGAAGUAUGUCUGACUUUUUCUUUUUUAUAUUUCUCGUUUUAAAAGUUGAAAAUAGUGGUUGUUAUUUUGUAUACCGUAAUAUAUUUAUUGUCUGCAGGGCAUUGUUUGACAGUUAUGCGUCUAUGCUAACGACAUUUUAAAUGGAAAUAUAUGAUAUUUUUUUAUAGGAUUAUCAAUAUAACGAUAGAUACUUAUUAUGUCGGCUUUGUGCACUCCACUACUGCCCUCCUGUCAAAGAAAACGACAAACUUAAAAAUAUAAUAUCUUAUCAACGAGUCGACGGAAAUUAAAAAUGUCAUCACUAAAAUGUAUUUUAAGUAAAACGUCCUCGUCUUUAAUACAUGCUGUUAUUUAAAAAUCAAAAUUGCGUAGUGGUUUCACUCCCAAAAAUAAGGAUGACAAAAAAAUAACGCUAAUGUAAAAGAGUUGCUCGUUUCUUAAAUGUUCUAAAAAAAAAAAAUUCCGAAAAUAUUAAAUACUUUCUGAGAUCAUGAGUGUCUUACGUUAUGUUGAUCUCUUUGUAUAUAUAUUAUUGCCAAUAAACGACUAACUUAAUAAUUUUACAAUUAAAUAAAACCUAUCAUAUUAGGUAUGCUUAAUUUAUCGGUUUAACCUUUCCAAUGGUAUUUACUAUUCAGAUAGUCUAGACUCUAAUCUUAAAUGCCCGAAUUCGAGUAGAACUCUUAUUUUGAAAAGGGUUCAGAAUUUGUAUUUUUAACAAAUAUAGGUAUAAACGUAUAGUUGUUUCCGUAAUAAAUAGGGAUAUUCGUUUUUUCUCUAUUUUCACUAUUUUUAUUAAACAAUUGUAUUAAUGUUUUAUCAGUACCGGCCCGAUAGAUUGCGGGGCCCAUAUACAUUUAUUAAUUUUAUUUUCUAACGGACAUACUUUAUUUCAGUAUAAUUUUAUAAACUAGGUCUUGCACUCUUAUUAGAAAUCUAAAUUUGCAUUUACCUAUACAUAAACUAAUAAAAUCAAAUUUGUAUUUUUUAUUGGCCACAAAAUGGGUAGAUGCCUACUUAGGUACAAAUAUUUUAUUGAUUAAUAUUUGUAUUAUUUAUAAUUGGUACCAUCUUGAUUUUCGUCGAUAACAACCCGUGUCCUAAGAAAAUCACACGGCACAUAAGUCGAAAUUUGCUUACUAUUGGGACAAUAUUAUUAUGAUUAUUUAUAGAUAAAGUUAUAUUCGGAAUAUAUAAUUUGUGCGACCGCACCGCUUACCACCCCUCCCCAUAGGGCCAACACUGUGUUUUAUGUAUUAGUUAUAUUAUUUUUAUUAUUAUUGAUAAUUUUACUUUAAAUCGUUGAUGUAUUUUUGUGCGCGAUACAUACGUUACACGUAUUAUCGCGUUGCGUGCGGAAUAUAACAAUGAAUUAUAAAUCAGACCGAUGAGAAAUAUUAUGACCCAUAAACCUACUAAACCAACUGUAUCGGGUACAGUGGCGUACAAAAAGGGGAGGUUAAGGGUUGUAUCCGCCCCUUUAUUGGCUUAAAACACAACAACUAUGAGUGUGUAUUAAGUAAUUUUAUCUUAAAUUUAUAUACUUCAACUAAGUUAUAGGAAAAAGAAAUAUCUUGAUUUAUUGAUUAUAAAUUCACUUUUGUGGAUCCGGCUUUUAAAUUCUCAUUGUCGGGUUAAGUAUAAUAGAAGAAGAUUCUAUUAUGUAUUAUUAUUAAUUACAUCCCCUUCCAUUGAAAACUCUUGGAUACACUACUGGUUAUAGUAACGAACCAUCAUAGUUACUAAUACUUAAAUAUUUUUAAUUUUUCAACUGCAAUUUUAGGUGAUGUCCCGAAAAUGUUUACCAUGUCAAAUCACUGAUAUUAUAUUGUUUGUAUAAAUUAUAAAACGACAAUGCAUACAACGAAAACUGUCAUGCAGUAUAGUAGUGUGCAUAUAGGUACUACUACAUUGACCACAUUUUAGUUUGUGUAGUUGGAUAUACUUGUAUAAUUUUUUAAAUAUAACUGAAAUGAAUUUACUCGUGUUGUUUUUUUUUUUUAACAAAAACCUACUAAUUAUCGUGUAUUGUUUAUUCUAUACUGCGAGUAUGUAAAUUCCACCACCUCCUCUUUAUGACAUUUUUAAAACAUUUGUACAAACACUACAUGUACGAUACAUAUCUAUGUACCGUAUACGUAGUGUUUGAUAUUGAUUUCAGUUUAAUAUUGAGAGUUGUCCGAUCUAUACUUUAUAAUAUAGUGAUUAUAAUAAUUUUAUAUUAAAUUAAUUAAUAAUAUAUAGUACAGACUUCAAAGUUCAAAGAAAAGUUUAUUUAUGUGAAAAUAUUGAUUUUAAACUUCGAUGAUAAAUAUUUUAACUAAUUCAAGAUACUUGUAAUCGUUGUGAAUGUAACAAUGAGUCUCAAAAUGUCUUUAUGAUUCUAUUGUUGGGUUUAAGAAACGGACAAAUGUAGAAUAUUUUCAGAAAAACAAAGUAAGCACACAACAAAUAUUUUUGAUGUCUUGAACGAUAAUUUACGGUACCGGGUAAUGACAUUCCUAGAUGAAAUGUAAUAAAUAAGUUAGAUUUAUUUUUUUCGUGCAACAAUUUAAAUUCUGUGUACAACAUAACUAUACAAACCUAGCACAAGCAGAGUAGGAACCAAAUUUAGGAGAAAUGGGGAGAAUUAGAUUUAUCCAAGCCACCCGAUGAAAUACGUACCAAACAAAUUAUUCUCACUACAUUAGAUAUUAGGGUUUUAAUUUAAUCGCAAAAAAACUACAUAAAAUAUUUUAAUAUUAUGCAUAUAAAAUAGUUUUAUAAGAAUAGUUCAGUUAAAAAUAAUUGUAAAAUUACUUUUAACUUUUGUAUUAACAAUUUGUUAUUGAACAUUUUCAAUUUUAGUUGUACCUACCUAAUAAUAAAUCUAAGAAAUAAAAUUAACGUAAUAUUCACAAUUAACGGUUUUAAUUGAUGGUUAAUGUAUUUUAGAUUUUGAACGUAGUGCAAAAUGUAUUGGUUUUACAAAGAUGUUUAUUUAUUUAUUUAUUUUUUUUAUAUCUGCGCAACUUUUCUACCAGAAGACUUACUCGAAUAUCUACGAGUAGCACCUUUUCUGAAAGAAAAUUGGCAUAGGAAGGUACUUUAAGGAACUUAAAAAAACGGGAAAAUUUACGAAAUACGAUAAAUAUAAUUUACGAUUUUUUUCUUCUGUGGGCAACUUUUUUACCAGCAAUUUUACUCCUACUUUUAUUGAUAGCAAUGUUUCUGAAUGGAAAUUUUACUGGGGAGGCAUUUUAAAGAGGACGUUUUCUCAGUUUUCUCAUCAAAUUUGAAAAACUGGAAAAAAAUAGAGCUAAUACUGAGAAUGAGAGCAGCCACUGUUGUAGGUGUGAAGUUAGAAAGGUAGGAUACAUAAGGUUAUUUCAUAUAUAUCUGUAAGCAACGAUAAACCAUUGCUUAAUGAAAGAUGAUUCCAAACACAGUUCGGUAAUACAUAAUUUUUAAGAUUUUGUUUAAAUUUGAUUUCUAAACGCUUAUUUAAAAAAAAAAAGUCAUCAGAUGAUUUUGGAAAUUUUACCACGUUCAGGAAAGUCCAAUAUAAGUAUUAUAACCUAGUUUCAAGUCUUUGCGUGUAAUUAUAACCGAAUUACACAAAAAAACUCCCAAAAAUUAAAAUUCAUUAAAAGAUUAAAAGUGGCUCAAAAGUUUUGACAAUGAUACCGUAAGAAAGAUUAUCAAAAAGACAACAAAAAAAGGUAUUUUGUAGUUUUUCAAUUAAAUCAAUUUUUCUGAUAGAAAACGUCGUCCGUGUUUUUUAAAAUAAUGAAAUCAUAAAAUUGUACGUUUUCCUACGUUUUCUCUUACUAAGUGCUUUUAUUUCAAAAAUAGCAUAUAAAAUCAAAAAAUGACAUGUUAAAGGUACCAUUUAGAUAACUUGAGCUUUCAGAAAAGUUGCUACACGUAAAAAUCGGAACAAGUUUACUAGGAAAAGACGUGUCCAUAGACUAGAAGAAAAAAAAAUAAUAAUCUUAGUAAAACCAAUAGCUUCCUCGCUACACUCGGUAUCUAAAACGGGAAAUUAUAAAAGAAAUUUAGGUAUAGUUAAAAUAUAUUACGGCCUUCUUUUUAUCUUUAAACAACUUUAGACUUCAACAGAAAUCUUCCUCUGAUUAUCAAGUGUAGUAAAAAUUCAUUUUUUAAAUUUUUUUCAGGCGUUUUUAUAAUAAAUGGGGAAAAUCUGGAAAAAACGUAGGAAAAAUAGGAAUAUUUAAGAAAUGUAUUAUUUUCAAUUUUGUGUUUUGUUGUAAUUCAGUUAAAAAUAUUCGCGGAGAGUUGAAAUUUGGACGAAAAAAAUAUUAUAUUUACAAACGAUUUUAACUGUUUUUGAACUACUUAUAGACAUUUAAAUUUUUUGAUGUUUCUAUGUAAUUUUUAUUUGGUAGGUACUCUGUGAAUAAAAUUGUUAAAUUAAACAGAAAUUUAUGAAAAUUUAACAGGAGAAUAAAAGACGUACUUUGUAGCAUAAAAAAAAAAAAAUUGUAUAGGAGUUUUAAUUUUAAUGACAAUCAUAAUUAUUACGAUCUUUCAAAACAUAUAUAAUCAAGCUCCGCUCAGAAUCAUUUUUCGUUAUCAACGAUUAAUUGUUGCGUACAGAUAUAAAAUAUACCUAUAAAUUAUAUUCUUAUCUAUAUGCUAUCUUCUCAAUUUCUCACCUACAUAAAUAGCCAACACAGGCCCGGAUUUAUAACUAGGUUACCUUAGCUAUAGCUGGUGUGCUACGACUUCAGGGAGCGCCGUGACUGGCAAAACUCUUGAUUUUUUUUACCUUCCCAACUUCUCACAUAUAACAGUGACCCCACCCAUCAUUCGUAGUAAGUCAGUCUUUUUUUGUCUACUUCUGCAUUCGGUUUAUCGUAUUAAAUACGGUUCUUCUAAAUUUUCAUUUUAUUUAUUAAUUCAGUACUUUAUUUUUUAAGUACUUAUAAAAUACUUAAAUUUCAGAGCUUUGCACCCCUGAAUUUUAGUAAAAUUACGCCUAUGACACUCGAAUCCAAUUAUUGGUCCUACCUAUUACCUUUUUCUGCUCGACAUAAUAUUAAAUGACAUCGCCACCGACCUCUUUAUACGUCUAAAACCAUUCCGUGUCCACUGUCAUAAGUCCUAGUUUUAUGAAUAAUAUUUGCAAUUUGCAAAAAAAUUAUUGCCAAAGAAUUAUCGUGCACGUCACUAAAAAUUUGUCGGAAAUGCAUGUUUUUGUUUUAGUACUAGUGUAUUACAGUAUUUUCACUAUAUUUUAUAUAUUCUAGUGAUUACGACUACUGAAUAACUGAGAUAGGUAGGUACUCCAUAAUAUUAUACACGUUACCCGCCUUUAUAGUGUAUACCUAUCUUACAUCAUUAAUUUGAUACACGAAUUUUAUCAAACAUUAUUCUUAAAAUAUCUAAUCAGUGAAUUUCACACAAAUACCUAACGUAUACAAUUAUUGUACCUUUUUUAUCUGCAGUAUAUACAAUUCAUAACAGAUUAGAACAUCGAAAACACGAUAUAUGUAAAUGGUGGGCGUCAUCUAAACCUGAUUGGCGGGAGAAUACUUUCUUGGCGGGGGUCAACUAGACCAUUGCCGUUUUUUUAUGACAUUAGUAAAAACAUUCAUAAUCAUUUACUUGUCACAUUGAUGUCAUUGUUUCGAUUUACUAUGGUGUAUUAUAGGUCAUCGCAGUAAUAUUUAUUUUAUGUAUCUCAUCAAUGUUGAAUAAUAAACAUCAAUAUAAUGUUACUCAUAAAUAAUUAAGAUACUAUUUUUACGGGGUCGCGGGAGUACAUAUCGUUUUCUAAGGAGCAAUAUAUAGGCAAUUUCUAAUUUCGUUGUCGACGCCCGAUAUUCUUGUGUUAGACGUAAACGAUCAGUAGUAUGAGUGCGUUUCAAUGAGUGUAUCGCCACCCUCCGUAUCCUCAUUGUAAUAGUUGGUUUCGUUAUCGUACAUUAAUCUAACAACUAUAUAGCAUCGCUGAAAUGUGAAUUGGUAAUGUUUUUUUUUGGAAUACAAAUUCAACAAAACGGCAAUAUGUAAUAAUAUAAAUUCACAUUUGCUGGAAAAACUCUUGGUAAAUUCAAAAAAUGACCUCACUAUAGUACCCCCCUAGUGAAAUUUCCUUUUAGAAACUUUGCUAUCAAUAUAAGUUGCAGCAAAAUUGGUGGUAGAAAAAGUUUGCACAAAAAAAAAAAAGGCCCUAAUAUAUUUUAACUUAUACCUACAUUUCUUAUAUUUUUCCAUUUUCCCGCCGUAUUUUUUUUUCAGUUUUUUAAAUUUAAUGAGAUAAUUGAAAAAUGACCUUUCUAAAUUACCACCCCAGUCAGAUUUUCUUUCAUAAAUUUUAUCAUUGUAAAUCGGAGGAAAAUUUCUGGUAAAAAAGUUCCACUCAAAAUCUAAAAGUACGUUUUUUAUGUAAGAUUACGAUUUAACCAUAGAAUACGAAAUCAUGUAUUAAAAUUCGUAGAUAACUAUUAUUGCGUAGAUAGUACACGACACCGCUACCAAAGUAUAUUAUAUUAUUAAAAAUGGCGCAACCAGGGAUUUCAGAUGUUUGAACACCCGCCUCCCCUCUAUCUGUGUUUAAGUAUUAUAAAUUUAUCGAAUUUAUACGAAUAUGUAGCCAUGUGAUUCCCCUUCAAAAAUUCCUAGUUUCGCUACUAAUUAUUUUUGAAUAAAUAAUGAAAACUUAGGGUUUAAAUAUUAACUUAGAUAUAUUAAAAUGUGCAAAACAUGUCCUUAAAGCAUGAAAAUCAUCUAAAUUCUUCUGGUUUUAUUAUUUCUGGAAUAAACGAUUUUAAAUCGCAAACAUUUUAUUCAUAUUUAAUGACAUAUUAUUAUUAUUAAUUAUAAUUUAUUGAAGAUAAUAUUGUCCAACAGGCAAUUAUCAUUUUUAACAAUGUUAUCAAAUAUGAAUUAGUAAUAUUAAAAAUGACGAUCGCUAUUGUUUAGCAAAAUAAUAUAUAAUAAUAAUAUGUGCGCAGCUAUAACAAAAUAUGAGUAGCGGGGCGAUGAAUUUACUCGUAUUAACGGUGCAUUGUUCGUCAAACAUUAUUGAUAAGAUAUUAUGCAUUUCGUUUUUGUUUGCUAUAUUACACUGAAAAAUGACGCGAUUCGACGUUUCAGGAUGUCGAUGUGGAUUCGAUAACAGUGCCAAGGGGUGAAUAAUCGACAUGACGGGUCGACAGAUACGCCGUUUGCUGUACGGGCUUUUAGUCUUGGCGUUAUUCGUCAUUGUUUUGCACAAUGGUCGUACCGCGAAUUGGCUGGCCAAGGACGGACGUUUUUCGGAACGGCCCCACCUGCAAGCCGACGAGGUCCGAACGGAUUACAACGACCAACAGGUAAGCUGUGUACGGUUAUAAUAUUUUAUAGAACUAUUAAAACAUUAACAAACACGUAUUAGGUCGUAGGAGAAGGUUUCGGGGUAGAGUGGCCAACCUAAGAUGUUCGAUGACAUUUUUUUUACACUUUUUUAAUCGAAAAAUGAAGCAAUUAUAAUGUCUUAAAUGUAAAAUUUUUUUUUUUUUCGAAAUUUUGUUUGAUUUUGUAAAUGUUAGGUAUAAAAAUAAAACUAUAACAACUAACAUCAUUGCAGAGUCUAGCCACAUCGGCAAUAUUGACAUCGUUGUUUUAAAAGUUCAUUGGAAUGUCAGACAACUCUGCAGCUACAAAACUGUAUGCAGACUUGGCCAUCUAAAUUAUAUUCAUUGAACUCUCACCCUCCUCUACCCCCAAAAUAAAAUUCGUAACUUUGACACAAUCAACACACAUAAUUUAAUAAAACGCUAUACACAUAAUAUGUGCUGUAUCUAUCUUACAAAUAUACAAUAUAGCAAAUCUGUAUUCAAUAAGGAUGACUUAAAAAUAAGCGCGUUAUCUAUGCAACUAAGUCGGAUUUGUUUUUUAAUUUUAAUUUUUAAGCGAGCAUUUUUAAAUUGUGAUUUUUCACACAUUCAUACCUCGAAUAUGAUAUUGGUUCACAUUUUAAAUUAUUUAAAUUAUUUCAAUUACAGGACGAGUCCAAAAAUAAAAGACAAUGUUAAUAAGACUAGUACUAAAUCUAAACUAAAAUUAAAGUUAAAUAAUACUGGCUAAGAGAAGAAGCUAAUGGUAAAGAAUGGGAUGUAGUACACAUUAACCGAUUAAUAGGGGAUAUUUGUCUAAAAAAUCAACCAAAGAGAAAAAAAUAUUAAAAAAGACAAAUGACCGAGUAACGCUAAAGGGGACUCUGAAGGAAGUUUGGAUUAAGAGACUAAUAGCAGCAUCUCUAUUAACUGUAAGGAUAUUGGAAAGAAAAGAGUUUGUACGCUGCAUGUCUGCGGUCGGCGAGAUUAAAGAAUUACAUUAAAAUAUUAUAAUGACUAUGCGAUCCUCGGACGAGACAUGGAAAUUUAUAUCAUUCUUAUAUUAUUUACCAUAUAGCACUGCGCUUUUUUGUUUCCAUUUUUCAAAUGACAUACUUUAACAUAUGGAUAGACAUUAUUCCCGGCUAGCCUUAAAAAAAAACCUUAGAAAGCACAUCAUUAUAAUCGAAUUACCAUAUAAUGAGCGACCCCAUCAUUAAAAAUAUAUGAUGAGUAUAUUAUUAUUAUGUAAUUUUUUUCCAAACAUAAAAAUUACACACGUUUUUAAACCCUACGCCGAUUAUAUGAGCAUUUCAUUUAGAUAGGUACGUAUAACGUAUUUAUUUUCUAAUGACAGAAUUAUUUCUCUGUUUCACAUUUGUAUAAUAUUAAAUAUUAUAAAUUUUAUCGUUUUAAAUAAAAUAUUAUGAUUAGUCGAUAACAAUUAAAACCAAUGAUAAAUCGAGUUAAUUAUAUUACACUAUCUUAUUCGUUUGUGUAACCUGUGUGGUUUAUUUGCAAUAAUCUUAAAAUAUGUUUAAAAAUAUAUUUUAAAAUAUUAGUUAAAACUAAAAAAAUUAUUUCAAACGAAAAUAAACUUAUAAUAAAAAUUGUGAUUACAGAGCCCACAAUACUUGGAGUUACCAGUGGUAUCUAUGACACCUGAUUUGUUAAUGAUGGAACCAGAUAAUCCUAAAUCACAGUUGCCGUGGUAUUUUAAAGGUAACCUGUAAUAACAGUAUUUAAAUAUUUUUGGCAUUCAAUAUGCAAGUUGAAUUAUAGCGUAAACUUCGUAUAACAUUGUAAUAUUGUGUAUAUAUCCAAUGGCGGCUAUUCUCAAAAACAUAAGUGUUGCUGAGAAUAUUUAUGAGGGCCCAACUUCAUACCUUAUACAUAAUAUAUAAUUUAUACUUAGUUUAGGGAACUAGAAAACAAAAAACCUGGAGACAAAUCAACCUUACCGUGUUAUAAACUUAAUUAGGUACUACACUAAACCGUAUUUUGCUAUCAACCCACCCCCAAAAGUAAUUUUGUAUGUGUUUUUGAAGCGACACUUGAAUCUCUGCAUAGGAAUAGUCACCACUAGUAUUUAGCGGCUACAUAUUACAUGCGGUAUAAAUUGUAAAUUUUAGAUUCUGAAAGUAGUGAGGAACGAGGGAUGUAUUGGUUUUACUACAAUCUGUCUGUAAACAACUUUUCAACCAAAAAUCUUGCUCCAAUCAAAAACUUUACAGAAAUUGUCUUGUUUAAUUUUCGAUCUAAUUAGUGCAUCAAAGAGAUCAUUUUUUUGAUUUCACUUGUAAUUUUCUUAAUAAAUGGGACAAACUGAGAAUUUUUAUUGAUUCUGGAUUACUUUGAAGAAAAAAGGAAACAUAAGACUAAAAAUAGUCUACUCAGAAUCAUUUUUCAUUAGCAAUGGUUGACCGUUGCGUACAUAUAAAAAUUUAAUUACUCUUUAUUCUAUCGCUUCAAACGUUCCUCCUAAAAGAGUAAUGCACCCAUCAUCAGUAUAUCGUAUAUCAGCCUUAUUUUUUUUUUCUAUAAAUUAAUCGCCAUAUUAAUUAUAAUUAUUGUUUAUUACAGACGGUAUGCUGAGGCCAACAAGAGCCCAAAAAGAUCCGAAGACCGGACAGAAAACCACGCGAGUGUGGCCCAAAGAACAAAAACACAGUGAUCGUGUUGAGGAUCAACUCAUGUUCGUGCCACCCAAUUACCAAUAUAAUAACGAGCCGAUGAAGAAAAUCUUACUCUACAACGGCCUUAGCAAUUGGAUGGUAGAUGACGGUCAGAGCAUAUUUACUACUAAACAGUGUCCGGUAAAUAGAUGCACGAUAACUUCGAAAAAAUCGGAAGCCCCGGACGUGGACGCAAUUUUAUUCCGCGAUCAUUUCUCGCACCCCGGUCACCGAAAAACCCACCACCAAGUGAGAUCGACAAUUCGAUUUAAUAACGAGCAUAGGGAUCAAGUAGCGUAUUUAAGAUUUCGCUAAGGAGGGAUGACAAUUGAUAUUAUAAUUGAAUUUAGAAAUUAUGUCAUAAUAGUGUAUUGCAUGUGUGCCUAGGCCAAACAAAACAAAAUUAACAUCCGUGAGCAAUUCUCCCCCCCCCAUAUAUUUUAUUGUAUAGAACUUUACAAAACAAUAAAUAACCAAAUACUAUAUAAUAAUGUAAUACAAAACUAUAGAGUAUAGGUACUAUACUAGAAUAAUUAUUAUAUUACUUCAAAAAAAAAAAUCAUAUUAAAAAUUUUAAUUAAUCGUAAUAAUGAUAGGGAUGAAAGUUAAAAGUUGAAAUCCCAAAAAGGUAAGUCCUUGUUACUAUAUCGUUUUUACCCUCCUACCGCAAAAUUAUGUUUAGGUUAAAUUCAUAUUAAAAUCAACCCAACUUUCACCAUUUCAAUCUGCCUACAAAACAACUCGAAUUUCCGAGUUUUAACUCAUUUAGUCUAGACUCCAGAGGGAGCCGCUAAAAAAGUCUUAAAGUAUAAUACACUCAUAUAUAUAUAUAUAUAUUGUAUAUAUAUACAAAUCGAAUGAUUAAUUUUUAAUUUAUUUAUUUUAGUAAGUAAUUUAUAUUUCAAUUUUCCAUACUAUUAUGAUUGAAAUCAAAUAAUUAAAUCAUCAGUAAUUAUUAUUAGUCUAUAAUUAUUAUUUAUGUAUAUUCAACUAGCCUCCUUUCCAUAUUAUAGGUAGUCCGAAUGAGUUUUGUUUUAAACAAUAAGAAAAUGUAUACAAUGUUCCGGUUUUUAUUUUAUAUUUGUGAUAUAAGUUCCAACGUAUUUUUGAUUUUUAUGGUUAAAAAUUUAAGAUAUUUGUAUAAAAAAAUAAAAAUAAAACGGUCUUACAAUAUUAUUAUAAAUAAUAAAGACUGAAGAAAUGUCAAGGGUAAAAUAUAAAUCUUCUUUAAUAUCCUACCUUAAAUCCACCACUAUUACCCGAGUGCAUAUCCUAUGUGAAAGUUUAUAAUAUACGGUUACAAGUUUUAUAACUAGGGCUUAUGAUUUCACGUGUACCUAAAUACACGAAUACACGUGUAAUUAUGAAACCCGUGUAUCGAUCCGUGUAUUUAAUAAUACAUGUGUAUUAAACAUUUAAUAAUAGUCAUGUACAAUAUGUAUGUUCGAGUACUUUACUCCAAAAUUUAGUUUUAAAAAAAAAGUUCUGGGACGGGUGGGCCACUGUUUUAGGUAUUAUUAAAUACACAGAAAUUAUCAAAGACACGGACAUUAUCAAAUACGUGUGUAUUAUUAAACUGAUAGUAUUAAAUACACGGAUUAAUGCACGUGUAUUUAAAUACCCGUAGGAAGUCGUAAGCUCUAUUUAACUCAUCAAUGAUUUAUAAAUAUGAUCGUAAAAUAAAUAAAUUUCCCAUAAUAAUAUGGGAUUUAUCGAGGGUUUUAUUAAAAUGUCAAUAAAUUCAAUAUGCACAUAACAUUAUUGUUAUAUUACAGGUGUGGAUUUUGUAUUUUCUCGAGUCACCGUAUCACACGGAACUCAUAACUUACAACGACGUGUUCAACUGGACCGCGACGUACAGACACGACAGCGACAUCGUCACCCCUUACGAACGAUGGGCGUACUACGAUCCGUCGGUAACCCAAGUCGAACAACUUAACCGAAAUUACGCGUUCAACAAAACGAAAAAAGUCGCGUGGUUCGUGUCGAACUGUGGUGCGAAAAACGGGAGAUUGCAGUACGCCAGAGAGCUGGCCAAAUACAUACAAGUGGACGUGUACGGCGUAUGUGGACAUUUCAAAUGUCCCAGGUCGGACAAGUGUUUCGAAAUGUUAGACCAAGAUUACAAAUUCUAUUUAGCCUUCGAGAACUCGAAUUGCAUCGAUUACGUGACCGAAAAGUUUUUCGUAAACGGACUACAGUGAGUAUACUACUAUGCGAUAAUAAUCUACAUUGGUGAUAUUAGCAGUGGCGUAGACGAGAAUUUUAAGUAGGAAGGGGGGGAGUACUCAAUAAGUUUUCACUUGAAUUAAGGGCAAAUGUAAAUAGUAUUUUAAGGGUUGCCUCUCAAAUAAAAAGUUUAGAAAAACGUUUACAUCUAUGAAAUACUUUAAACAAAAUUUGGGAAAAAAAAAAUUAAUAACGAAAUGAGAAUAAUGUAAUAUAUGGAAGCGCGUAAAACGUUGGAAAAUAUUUUGUCGGAAACGUAUUUUGUUGGAAAAUAAAUUUUACCUAACAACGAUAACAUGCAGUCAUGGAGUGUUUAUGAUGAAUUAUAUUGAACAGUUCCGACAAAAUACUUUCUGAUAAAUUAUUAUUUCGAAAAUAUACUGUUCCAAAGAAUUAUUUUUCCAAAAACAAACUUUCCGACAAAAUACGUUUCCAAACAACCCAUUUAUGACAAAAUAUUUUCCAACAAAUUAUAGCCCUCCUAAUAUGUUUAAUGUCUUGGCGUAUAUUAUAAUUAUACUUUUUAAAUCACCUCUUAACCGUUGCAUACAUAGAGUUAUACUUUUUUAUCAUUAACACUAAUAUCAGAUUAACCGCUUAUAAGUUAUAAUAGCUUAAAAUUUAGACCGAAGGAGUAGGUAAGGGCUAUAGAUAAGCAAUUACAGCAAAUAAAACAAUCAAUGAAAGUAGCAGAAGAAGAAUACAUAGAUGGAUAAGUGGAGUGACGAGAAAAGAUAAUGUAAGAGAUAAGUUCUUAAGAGACAACUUAGGCGUGUCUUCGAUAGUAGAAAAAAUGAGCAAAAAUAGGCUAAGAUGGUUUGGGGCAUAUCAUAGAAAGAGAGGAAUCAGAAGCAGUAAGAAUUGUAACGAAAAAAAUAUACGUAGGAGGAAUGAGGGGUUUCGGAAGACUGAAAAAGAGACGGUUGGUUAGACCGACGAUUGGGAUAUCGGGUCAAGUGAAAGUUUAUUAGGGUGGAGGCGGCCAACCUCAAAUUGUUGGAAAGACGGCGAAGGAGAAAAAAAAUAAGGUAGGCGUUCCGCCUACGAAAAUAGGGGUGACAAAAAUAAUGGCAAUGCAAUAUUUUAGAGCCGCUUGUUUCUUAAAUGAAUGAACGAUCCACCUAAAAGAAUCACCUUAAGCCUUAUAAAUGCUAUAAAAUCCCAACCCUGGCAAUCAUGGUUCACGAAAAACUAGCAGUUAGUAACGAUGAUACCUUGACACGCUUAACUUUAGGCACAACGUGUUGCCGAUCGUGAUGGGCGGACGGCGCGAGGAUUACCAGCGGAUCGCGCCCGAGCGGUCGUACGUACACGUGGACGACUACGAAUCACCCAAACGGCUGGCUGAGUACCUGCAUCGGUUGGACGCGGACGACAAUCUGUACAACGAGUACUUCCGGUGGAAAGGCACCGGCGAGUUUAUCGACACCAAAUUUUUCUGCCGGCUGUGCGCGAUGCUCCAUGACGACGGCGACGUAGACGGCGCGCCUACCAAACACUACCGGAACGUCAACGACUGGUGGCGCGGCCCGGGCGUGUGCAACAACACCAUGCCGUGGCGGAGGUUCAUUGAGACGUCCAUUGUGGAGAACGGUGAUGUGUCGUCCAACGUCAUCCAACCGAUCGGAGAGCGAAGCAACACCGGUGAAUAACGUUUGCCUCCGGCUGCGGCCGUGACGCUGGACUUAAUUACCGGCCACCACCGCCGCCGCCGCCGUCUCACCGGACGUCCGGGAAAUAAGACGACAACCUUCAACUUUUGGCGACGACCCGACAGAGACGUGGCGCGAACCCCGGCCACUCGAGUGACGGUAGCCGUCACACAGCCGUCGACGCCACAACAGCCGCGGCGUCCGAAAUGGCCGCGCACGCCUGAGCCGCCACCCAUACCGCACGUACGCAUGUCGUGUGCCUCGCGGAGACGUCGCAGAGGGCGCCGGAAGAACCUACGCGAUGAGAGGCCGCCGUCGACGUCGUCAAAAUGUUGACCAACACGCUUAUUGUGUUAUACCAUAAAAUUACUAUUUUGACGCGCCGUAAAUCAUGUUAUACAAUAAUGUAAUAUUUUCCAAUCCAUCAUUCCCCCAUCCUUCUGCCACUCAACAAUAAUAAAUAAUAACGACACUAUAACAAGCCUAACAAAGGUUAGAUCGCGACCCCGGCCGGAUGUGUAUGAUAUAUAUAACUUUUUCCAUUCUCUAAAACGAUCUCAAUUUUUGUGUUUUUUCUCUGUAUAACAAUAAUAAUAAUAAUUGUAUUCGAUGAAAAACGAUAAAUACUAUUGAUUUCUGCCGAAGAAAUAACUUCCAAAUGUACAAAAAUCAAACGGAUAUCCAAACAAUGAGCAUUCGACGUUUAAACAAUUUAUCAUUUUCGUCUGUUGAAAACCCGUUUAAUUAAAUGUAAGUAUACGAGUAGGUAUGUAAAAAAUAACACAAUAUAUAUUAUUUAACUCCAAUCGUAAGACGUAAUAAACUUUAAGAACUCCAAUGCAUUUUUCUUUAUUUUUCUUGAGUGUCAUAUAUAACGUUAUAAUUGUCUUCCACUAAAAUAAUAUGUAAUAUUUGUACACGCUAUUACCUAUAAUAGUAUUAUUUUAAACAAUCCGUCAUAAUAAGUCAAAAGUCGUGAUGAUAAUAUAUCGACUGAAUUUUUAGACUUAAUAUUUAUCCGACACAAACUGUUUGAAAAAAAUAUAUCGCUUUAAUAUAAUAGAAUUCCUGCAGCAAUACCGACCCGUUUAUCGUACCUAUAUACUAGUAAUACAUUAUUGCGUUGGACGUGUGCUUUUUUCUUUUUUCACGAAAAUACAAUUUUUCAUAGAAUUUUUCGGUUAGAUAUAACUACUAACGAUUUUUUUGUACCUCAAAAGACGCGGAUGUUUCGUCGGACGAAUACUUAAUUUGAAAAAAAAGUCUCUUUAAUUUCCAAAAAUUUAAAGAAAAACUGACUAAAAAUGUCGAUAAGUAUACCUAUAUUACAGAUACAUUGACUUUAUUUUAUUGUUGAUUUAUGUGUGUUACCUCGCCGACACGACUGUUAACCCUAAAAUAACAUAACAAGUUUCGAAAGUUUCACUCAGCGUCGUUUUUUGACCACUGCUUUGAUUUAUCUUUGCUUCCUUCAGUAUGUUUACAUAUAUAUACUUUAUUAACCUAUAUAUCUUAUACCAUCCGAAAUUUCCACCUAGAACAGUAGCCUACGACUACCCACGGUGUGAAGUAUGUCUGGCUUAUCAUUAUUAUUUAUUAUAUAGUAUUAUUAUUAUUGUUGUUAUUAUUAUUGCACAAAUUAUUGUUUUAUACCUCCUGUGAUAAUAAAGUGAUAUAUUUUUUUUUUUAUUCACGAUACAUUAAGCGCAAAUAUAUUAUUAGUAUGAUACAGUAAUAGUGAUGUGUGCAAAAUAUUUCGUGUGUGCUUAUUGUAUGUUAUAAUAUUACGACCCUGUAAAAACUAUAAAUUAAUUAUAAUAUGAUAAAUGAAAAAAUGACCUAAUUUUUAAGCCUUGUUUUAGGACAAAAAAUAAAUAAAUAACGUAAUUUAGGACGUACAUUUUGAUAUUUAUGUUAAAAUUAGAGUUUUAUUAUAAAUAACAAAAUUAAAUCAAGAUAAUAUUUCUAAUAAUUGUACAACUGCUUUUUUCUAAAAAAAAACGGUUGCACCGUUACCGAUUUCAUUAUUUUAAAUUUAUACGCAUUAAGUUUUCUAACAGAAAUUGCUCUAAUCGAAAAACGACGAGAAACCUUUUUGAAUGCAUUUUUAAUUUAUAAUUUGAGAGUAAGAAAGUCGUUUUCUUUAUAGUUUUUUUUAAUAAUUGAGCAAAACAGAAAAAAAAACCGUAAAAAGAACAUAGAAUAGAAUAAUGGUUAUAUUAAUUAAAAUUUUUUUUUUUUGUUAAAAUUCAGUUAAAAAUAUUUGUAAAGACCCGAAAUUGGUACAGAUAACUUAUAUUUUAUAUUUGCCUUGCAAUAUGUAGUAAAAUUUUAAAAACAUUUGAAUGAUUUUUAAACAGAUUAUUUUCAAUUUGCUUAUUUAUGUUUGCUAAUUAUUGUACGUAAUUUUUAUUUGGUAUGCACUCUAUGGAUAUAAUUGUUACACCAAACAAAAAUGCUUGAAAAUUCAACUGGUGAUUCAUUAUAAGUCAUACGAAGUGGAAAAAAAAAUAAGUGCUAUAGAGUAAAAAAACGUAGAAAGAACAGGAAAAUUUACAAAAAUAAUGCUUUUAUAUUUUCAAUUUAGUUUUUUGUUCCGAUUCAGUUAAAAAUAUUCUCUUAAAGUUUUGUUAUUUGUGUUCAAACUAUAAUUUAAACAUUCAACCUAAAUACCAUAAUUUACGUUCUAAGUAACGUAAUUUCGCUAUAUUGUCGGUUAAUGAGAUCAAUACUGUAUUGAUUGAAAUCGUUUGCUAUGGCUGUCAAUCGGUUUUUUGAUUAAAACUAAAAUUAUAAUCACAUAUUAAUUAUGAUUACUAAUCUGCAGUAAUUUAAUAUAUGUUAAAAAAUAAUUAAUCUCGUAUAUAAUAUUGAUUUAUAUAAUUUUAAUACCAAAAAAUGUACAUUGUGUAUAUAAUAUUAUUAUUAUUAUUAUACUUUUAGGGGGGGUUCUUAUAAGGAUAAUGUAAUUUUCGUUUUGACACCCGUUUUAGAAUAAAUUUAAAAUUUAUUCUAAAAAUAUUUUUAAAAUAAACGUUUAGUUCUACUUGAGCUUCCUAGGAAAAUACUUAUGUCCCCCUGUAACGAGGUAAAAGUUCCCAUUUAACAAGGCCGUUUUCUUUCUUUUUUUGUUUCAACCGUCUGCAGUUAGCGGUCUGUUUAACAAAAUACUUCACUCACUGCUGCAUUUUAUAAAGCCUUAGACCUUAUGUAUUAUAAAUAAUAUUUAGAAUCAAAAGUCAAUGUAUUUUAAACGGAAAACUGUACCUCAUUAUUGGAAAACAAAAUAAUUGUCUUAAGAAUCUCGAGUUGAGCCCAAUUUUUUUAAGGCAUACAUUUAAUUAUAUUAUGCCUCUUUGUAAAUAUACAUUAUUGUAAUUAAGUUCGUAAAAAUAAAAUAUUGUAAGUAUUGAGUUUAUGUUCUAAAUAUACAUUUUUUUUUUUUUUUUUUUUGUAUAGCCUUAUAAUAUCAUGUAUUGCAUUUUAUUAUAAAUAUAUGAAAAUAUAAAUAUGUGUGAUAGGCAAUGAUUUUCAACCAUUACAAAACCGGUUUUCUUUCCGUUACGGAUAUUGAUUCGCGGUCAUUACAGAUUUAAUUUUGUAUAAUUGUUUUAAUUAAUAAUGCAUUAAGACGGUGAUAACGACGUUAUAAGUAAUUAAUAUAUUAUGCUAUAAUUAAAUCAAAAUUUGCGUAAUAAACAAAA